GCGUUGCAUAUGGUGGCAUGUUGUGGACUUUGGUUUUUAAUUCUCUAAUAAUGGUUUGAUGCAAGCAGUGGUGACUCUGCAGAGAGGCAUCAAAGUAGAUUAAGCACAGAGGUUAUCUGGAUUGAUGAAUGGCAAAGUACACAAUGUAUCUUCGUGGCCAAGGUCCUUUGGUGACCAAGUGGCCCACAAUCAUAAAGCCAAUCUCUGCUAGGUAAAUGAGUGAUGCUGCUGCAGGGCCAUGUUGUCAAUUGAAUGCAAUGAAACGACCAUUGUUAUUAUCAGAUAUAUUGCACUGUUCAGAAGACCUGGGUUUUUCCUGUGUUCACAUCCUGGUCCCCCGCUGCAUCUUAAUAUGCCCACAUCUCUACUACACAGUAUGCCAGGGGUUCUCAACUCUGGCCCUCGAGGUCCACUUUCCUGCAGAAUUUAGCUCCAACUCUAACCAAAAAUACCUGAACAAGCUAAUCAAGGUCUUCAGGAUUACUAGAAAGUUACUGUGUCAGUUUGAUCGAGGUUUGUAUUAAACUCUGCAGGAAAGUUGCAGAGAGCCCCUGCAGUAUGCAAAAAGCCGUACACCUGAAGAGUAGUAUGUCUGAAUACACAGUAUUUUAAAAACAGUGGACAAAAAGUACAGUACGAAUUUAAUGGUUGCAAAGUAGGCCAAAGUUCAUAGUCAAUAGUAGUAGUGUAGCUGUAUGCGAUUUCAGACUCUCCUCUCACUUUGCCUUUCAAAAAAAAGUACUUAAAAAGAAAAAGACCAAUGAGAAAUGCUUACAUAUAGAGGAAAAUUGAUUCAUAUUGUGUGGCUAUGGUUAUUGCUUGAAUAGACUGUAAAAACACCGCAGAUAUUCACUCAUGGGAACAGUUUAGUAUAAUAAACAUCAACAUAGUUGGCAGAAACAUAACCUUAUGUAAACCAAAAUAUUUUAACAAGGUAAUGGAUUUCCCGCUCUGUGUGAUAUGGAAUGGACUGCAUUAGCAUGCUCGCACGUGUUCAAUGGGUGGCUGAUUUCAUGUGGUUUAAAAGCAUCGUUUACAUUCGCAAAACACACUGGCUUUAUAUUAGACGUAUUACGGGAGUGGGAAGAAGGGCCAUGAACAUGACUGUCUUAUCUGCGCGUUAUGCAUGUGCCAGUUUAUUUCACCACACUUUGCCUGUUGUUGGAUAUUUCAAGACUAGGCAAGAGUUCCUUACAGACAAUUACCAUUCAACGGAGGGUUCCGCGGAGUUAACAGAUGGCACUGUCAGGAUGGAUCUGUGUGGUGACUGGUGCUUCCAGAGGAAUUGGAAGAGGUAUUGCCCUUCAGUUAUCUGAGGCUGGCGCUACUGUGUACAUCACUGGUCGACAGGAGAAAACUCUGAAGCAGACAGCAGCUGAGGUGACAGAGAGAGGUGGCCAGUGUCUCCCAGUGGUCUGUGACUCAUCUAAAGAGGAUGAAAUCAAGGAGCUGUUUGAACGUGUCCAGCGUGAGCAACAUGGCAGACUUGAUUUAUUGGUGAAUAAUGCCUAUGCUGGUGUACAGGCUAUUUUGGACAACAUGAACAAAAAGUUCUGGGAGGUGGAUCCGGAUAUUUGGGACACAAUCAACAACACUGGACUCAGGGGUCACUAUUUCUGCUCAGUGUAUGGUGCACGGAUGAUGGUGGCUCAGGGCAAAGGCUUGAUUGUGUUCAUAUCAUCCAUGGGUGGUCUGCGCUAUCUCUUUAAUGUACCCUAUGGGGUCGGCAAAGCUGCAUGUGACAGAAUGGCGGCAGAUAUGGCAGUAGAGCUGGAGAAGAAAGGUGUGGUUUCUGUAAGCCUCUGGCCAGGGGCCGUUCAGACUGAGUUAAUUAGUCAGUAUAUGUCUCCUGGCGAGGAUCCUCCGGGAUUUGAUCCAAAGUUCAAGGAAAUGUUCAAUAAGGGUGAGACGACAGAGUUUAGUGGACGAUGCAUAGUCGAGCUGGCCAAAGAUAAAAGUCUGUUGUCAAUGACUGGGCAAGUGUUGAUGACCUGUGACCUCGCUCGCCGCUAUGGACUCAAGGAUGUUGAUGGUCGCAGUGUUAUGGACUACACCUCUCUGAAGUUUGUCGUCUCCCAGGUACCCUAUGUAUCCUGGCUGUCCGUAUUCACUCCUUCAUUCAUCAGAGUGCCUCGUUCCAUUCUAAGCCUUGGCAGUGGAAAAAUCUAACACGUCUUGAUGAAGAGUGCCUAUUUUUUGUAAUCUUGUCAUUUUUUUUUAACAAUGUUGUUUCUAAAAUUAUUGUAAUGUGCAUCUUUACAAAUGAGUAAAGCACUGAUUACAAUUCCAGUAGCUAAGUCUGGAAGACAAUGCACAAUUCAUGAGCAGAAUUAAUGAGUUUUCUAUAAUGAGAAAAUGUAUAAAAAGUACUGGGUAACACUUUAUUUUGAUGGUCCCUUUUGAGCAUUCUGUUGACAAUAAGUAACUUUGCACCUACGUGUCAACUAACUCUCAUUAGAGUAUUAGUUGACUGUCUGAUUAAUAUCUGCUAACUCUUUAUUGUGAUGGAACAGAUAUUCUACUGACUAUAAGUAACUUUGCAAGCAUGUCAACUUAUUCUAACCCUAACCCUACCAGUCUACUUGCACUGUACUAACACUCUAAUGAGAGUAAAGUAGAUACAGUAUGUAAGAGAAAUAUUACUUGCAGUCAACAGAAUAUGUUAAAGGGUCCAUCAAAUACGGGCAUAUUAAUAUAUUGUUUUUUAACUUGAAAGGGAUCAAUUAACCCUGUUAUGCAUGUAUACUUACCAAAUGAGUUAUUGCAAUAAAUACUGACAUUUUA